AGUAUACUACAUUCUUUCACGCGGCAACGCAGCAAUCCCUUGAAAAAUCUCAAACCCCAUUCUUCCCAUUCUCGAGCUCGCAUCCAAACACAGCGACAGAGGAGCAAAGGAGACUAAUCUAUAGACACUCAGCUCCAGAGGGCUGAAUAGAGUUGGACCACCUCCUUGGGAAACCUAAUUUGUUGGACUUGCUUUUCUUGCAUCUACAUGGCGGAUUCCGGUGGAGAUGCAGAACCUGGAGAAGUUUGCAACUUCUUCAGGAAGCCAAAGAAAAAUUUUCGAAAGCGUACUGCUGAAGCUGAGGAUGAUGAGGAAUCAAAUUCUGGAAGUGCGGUAUUACCAAGUCAAAGAAAAGCUGCAAAGCCUGAUGGCAAGUUGUUUUUUUCCAGUGGAACCUCUAAGAGCUCUGCAUCUGAUGACGGGAAAGUAAUCCUUGAGUUUAAGUCUUCAAAAGAGAUUCAAGUUGAACAUGAUAGCAGAGCAACGGCAACUCUGGAGACUGAGACUGAGUUCUCUAGAGACGCCCGGGCAGUUCGUGAGAGAGUUCUUAAGCAGUCGGAGGAGGCAUUGAAGGGGGGCGGGAAAAGCACAGGCAAUGAGAAAGUGUAUAAAGGGAUCCAUGGAUAUACUGAUCACAAGGCUGGGUUCCGUAGAGAGCUGACAGUGGCAAGUGAGAAAGCAGGAGGUUCCCAUGGGCCUCUCAGGGCUUCUGCUCACAUCAGAGCUUCCACACGAUUUGAUUAUCAGCCAGAUAUCUGUAAGGAUUACAAAGAGACUGGUUACUGUGGGUAUGGAGAUUCCUGCAAGUUUAUGCAUGAUCGUGGGGACUACAAGUCUGGCUGGCAGAUGGAAAGGGAGUGGGAUGAAGCAGAGAAAGUCAGGAAGAGAAAUUUAGCUUUGCGUGAGGCUGGCGAGGAAGUUGAUGACGAUGAUGGUGACGAAGAUGAAGAUGAUGACUCGUUACCCUUUGCAUGUUUCAUCUGCAGACAACCUUUUGUUGAUCCUGUUGUAACCAAGUGCAGCCACUACUUCUGCGAGCACUGUGCACUAAAGCAUCAUUCAAAGAACAAGAAGUGCUUUGUGUGCAACAAGCCGACUCUUGGCAUUUUCAACACAGCUCAUGAGAUACGCAAAAGGAUUGCCGCGGAGGGGAAGUAACAUGCUUAUUCAUUUACUUGUUGAUCCUUUUGCCCUGGAUUAUGUGAGCACAAAUUUUUCUUUUCCUUAUGAUCUAGUGUUGAAGAGAAAGAUCAUCACUUGUAGCACUGUAAAAGAUAAAUUUCAAAUUGCUGUCAGAACAGUGGCAAACUAGAGAAAGAUUGAAGCACUGUUAUUAGUCCAUGUACAAUGACUGGGUCUUCUGCAAUCGUUUCAAUGAUAAAAUUCAGAGGCUGGUAAUCUUAUGAUAU